UCUUUUUUUUUGUUUUUUUUUUUUAUUUUGCCAUACAGUCACACUGCAGAACAAGUUCAUUGUCGCGGUUUCGCGCUAAAGAAAUUUAUAUUUAAAAAUUUCUUCAUUUUUCAUUUUUUAACAUUUUAAUCUACAAUUAUUCAUCUUUUUACAAUAACAAAAUACACGUAAUCUCAAACAAUGUUCCCUUAUUUUUGUUGAACAAAUCGAAACAACUUUAAAAUCUCUCUCAUAAAAUAAAAUCCAAUUAAAAAAAAGCUACGUUGGAAAAAAAAACAAGAAAUAAAAACCAGAAUAAAAACAAAAAUGGUUUCGUCAUCACUGGAAACAAUUCUCGAGACGACGGCUGUGAUAACAACCGUUUUACAAUAUUUAUCUGGAGCGAUUGUCUGCCGGAAGUACAUUAAUAAAAAAAGCACUGGCGAUUCAUCUGGAUUCCCUUUUAUCUGCGGAUUUCUAUCAUGCAGUCUCUGGCUACGAUAUGGCUCCUUGACAGAGGAGAACAUCGUAGUAAUGGUCAAUAUAAUUGGCACUGCUUUGAUGUUCUUUUACACGGCAAUUUACUACGUUUUCACGGUGAACAAAAGAAGUUAUGUGCGACAAUUUGCGUUGGCACUUUUCACACUGAUAACAAUUGUGACGUAUACCAAAUAUGAGGUCAGCCAUGCCGAUGCUAUACAGUUAAUGGGAUAUGCCUGCUGUGUGGUGACAGUGUUCUUCUUUGCUGCGCCACUGAUUAUGCUGUUCCAUGUAGUGCGAGUGAAGAACUCUGAGAGUUUGCCUUUUCCACUGAUAGCAAUGUCCUUUUUUGUGACAGUUCAGUGGUUAAUAUAUGGAGUGAUUAUCAAAGAUGCCUUUAUACAGAUUCCAAACUUCCUUGGUUGUGUGCUGUCGUUGGUGCAACUUAGUCUAUUUGUUUGUUAUCCACCGAAAAACUAUUCGGGACAAGGUUAUAAGUUAGUGGAUCAAGCAGUUAUCUUUUAAGGAGGAUAUUUGCCCUAAGACGGAAGGAGAUUCCUAUAAACGAGAACCCAGUAUGAUUAAGUUAUUUUGCUUUACUCGCAAAGCAAUAUACCGAAAGUUGAGUUAUAUAAGAAAGAGAUUGUAUUCAAUCCCAAAUCAAUAUAAUUUUUUUAGUUAAUUGAGGAAUUUUUGUGUU